UUUCCGAUACAAAUGUGAACGUGAAACAUAAAUUUUAAGGCGGUUUCGUCCUUUUAUGAAACAAUCGGGCCAAAUCUUGUUCCUCGCUCAAACUUAUAAGGUGACCAUCUAAGAGAUGCUGUUUUACUUAGAAGCGACUGUCGCGAGGAAUGCGCCUGAUUGCGUUCGGAUUGAACGUCAGAGCGAAAUUCUAAACUCAGGAAAAGCAGUGUACACAAUAAUGGAAGAAUUAGGAACGAAGAUGGUUGAGUUCGCAAAGUUUUUAUUUCGUUGGUUUUAAAAUUAAUAGUGAAGAUAAUUAAAACUACGUUCUUCGAAACUAAUCUUUUUCGUAGUGAGAAGAAAAGCAUUCAGAUAUACAUAUGUACCUACAGAAGAUAAUCAUGAUACCAAAUAUCAACUAUAAAUGUUUUUGUUAGUUUAUGUGAUUGUGAUUCGCUGAAGGCAAAUAAAAAAAGUGUUACUGCUUGAAAAAGCUGUUUUAAGUUAAACUUGAAAAAAGUAAUUUUUACUGUAAAAUCUAUAAGAAGAAAAGUGUUAUAGGAAUACAUACUAAUGUUUUCCAAGAAAAUCUAGUUAAUUGAACAUCAUUCACAAGUGGAAAGUGUUGUUUGUUCUUUGACCUAAAACUUCAUGAAUGUGAAUAAUGUUCCAACCUUAUCUAGGAGUCACAUCACAGAAACUAGGUGUCACUCGUAGAUCACUCAUUGGCUUCGAUUAAAACGGCUUGAAUUUAUCAACACAUUCGCAUAUCAAUAUUGGUCCACUAUCGCUGGGGAAGCCAGAAUAUGGAAGCCGGUGAUUGUUGUAAAUGGAUACUCUAAUCAAAUCAAUCCUGCUACUUGGGAUUGCGCUAGUCUCCGGGACGAAAAUGGAACAUCGUCCAGCCGAAAUGUCGGAGCUCCGAAUAGAGGCCAUCCGUCAUGACAAUAUGUCCGACCUGCUCCAGCUGAACGUGUCCUGGCGGGCGGAAGAUGCUCUCUACGAGGUCCGGGUCCACCACGUCCCUACGCCAACCUGCUCGAUGGCCGACCAGGAUUCGCCCUUCCAGAACCAGCAAGACAUCAAGUGUGCUCCAAUACUGACGGAAACGUAUCACACUUCGGUUCUCGUUCCCCAGGAUCCGAAAGUUUUCCGAAAGCACGUCUGCUACGUGUUGGCUUUCUGCACCUAUCGCAUCGAGGUCAAAUCCAUGGAUGAUGGCGGCAGCUUAUCCACCUUCUAUCAGGUUCCAGAGUGCGUCGAGGGCAUCUGUUCUUGUUACUACGACAAAAGUCUGCCGAACAUCACCUCCGAAAUGCACAUCGUGGAUGGCCAGCUGCUGGUGAACUGGUCCCUGGGUGAAUACCUCGAAACGAACCUACCCCACAACGUCUCACUGGAUCAUAUACUCGUGACUGUUCGGCGAGGAUUGAACGAGGACCUCGGCUGGGGUGGGCUGGAGAGCGACAAAAAGAUGGCCAUCUUGCCUCCGCAAGCCACCGGCAGUAAGCGGUUCAAUUUGAGCGAGUUUUCCGGGAACAAAACCAUCUUUGUGGCUCAUGUGCGGCUGUUCGAUAGCAGAAGCUGCUACGUGGAAGCUUCGCCGAUAAGAGUGCUUAUUCCAGCGAAAAAAACAUCCGGGCACAUCCUGUUGGUGAUCCUGCUGCUGGUGACGGCUGUGGGUGGGCUAGUAGCAAUAACUUUACAUCUUAGACGCAAAUACAAACGCACCCGGCUCGGAGUUCACCGGCCCACCGAUAUUUACGUACAACCGAGCAUAACGGAUCAUUACAUUCCACCACCUAUGCAAAUGGUCGAAAAUAGAUUAUAUACGGAUUUAGAAAUACUGGACGCACGAGCCCGAGGGACCGCAGAUUUGCUGGAAGUGCCCCAUUCCUGCCUAAGUGUUGGCCGUGAAAUCGGCAAGGGAGCCUUCGGCCGGGUGUUCAUGGCCUGCGCAAACAAGCUGCCCGGAAGCACCGGUCCCGUCAUCGUGGCCAUCAAGCAGCUCAAGAAAAGUCCCAAAUCGGAUGAGUUUGAAGAGUUCCUGGACGAGAUCAGCAUGAUGAAACGCGUCGGCCGGCAUCCGAAUAUCGUGACGUUGCUGGGAUGCUGCACCAUCAAGGAGCCCCUCACCAUGAUUAUGGAAUACAUCGGAUGUGGCGAUUUGUUGGAGUAUCUGAGGAAAAUUCGGGUGAAACAUUUCCUCCGCAUGAGUCGAAUCGAAGCGGCCGCCCAAAAAUCCGAUGGCGUUAGCUUGCAGAGGUCCAUUUCCAAUCACUCCAAUAGCACCGUUUUUGGCCCAGCUGUCAAAUACACAGACAUUUCACACACAUCGAGUUCUAAUUCCGACACAUCCUACAUCACUCAACCGGAAACGAUACUGCGGCCGUCGUUAACAGAAACUAUGUAUACGACACUAAGUGGGCCGAAUGACCAGUUAUUACCACCGGAUCAUCCGAACAGUGGCUGGUCUCGAGAAAGCGGACCGAUUGAAUACGUGUUAGAUCACAAGGAACUUCAUGAUUUUGCUAGACAAAUUUCCAGCGGAAUGCGUCAUUUAGAAGAGAAGCAAAUCACACACAGGGACCUGGCUGCUCGUAACAUCCUGAUCGACGAGCGGAAGACAUUGAAAAUUUCCGACUUUGGUUUAUCACGUUCGGGAAUUUAUGUCAAUACACGUAAUAAAAAGGUACCCUUGCGGUGGCUUUCCCUGGAAGCAAUGCGAGACAAUUUGUACUCGAGCAAGAGCGAUGUGUGGGCCUUCGGAAUCGUGCUGUGGGAAAUUGGAACGUUAGGAGGUUAUCCUUAUCCCACCGUGAGCAAUCACGAGCUGUUGGGCUUCCUGCUCGCUGGCAAACGACUGGAGCGGCCGGAAAAUUGUACCGCGGAGCUGUACAACCUGAUGCUAAAGUGCUGGAGGACGAAUCCCGACGAGCGGCCCUCAUUCAGUCAGAUAAGCAAACAACUGGAACCGAACCGACACGUCUACAUUGAUUUCAAUGAAAUCGAACCGACCUACGUGUUUCCACCCACAUCGGAAGAAAUCCGACAGUCCAUAGCAAACAACAAAUAGGCUUAUUCACAUUUGUUCAGGCAAAAGGUUUCGUAGGUAACAACGCAAAAGAUGAGCUUGUGUUGAUUGAUCUUGUCGAAGAAAUAGUCAAUUGCUGGUAAAAUUUGUAUGAAUAACCCAUAUAGUUCAACGUGACCAAGACGUGGGAAGUAUCUACUGUACGGAGCAGCAGAUAUAAAGUUUUAAGCAACAGCAAACAACGCUUUUCUGAUAAUUAAACAUCGAUGUGAUGUGAUGCCCGAUCCUUGUAACGUUUACAAUAACUCUCACUGUUGUUUUAAACAUGUGUAGUUUCCAAAGUUUAAGAAGAAUUUUAAGAAGAAUAAGAAAACCAAAUCAUUCUGAAUGUUCCCGUAAGAGCUGUGCACGGUUGUGCGAUCAAUUGUGAUAAAAUAAACGAUUCAUUCAGACAAAAUGAAGAAAAUAAAUGAGUUGUUAUUAAAUCUGA